AGCUUCAUCUCAGACACUUUGAUCAGAGAGCAUCACCUGGCUCGGAUGCUGUUGCCUGUUGUCUGGUUCGGUCCAGCUCACAGUCGCGUCCGUCUUCACUCAGCGCACUCCAGGACUCCUCGGCACCUUCAGAACAAACAGAACUCGCGUACUGUACUACAUACUGCAACUGUAGCGCAACAAGGGGCAUUUCAGCAGUACCGGGUCUUUUCCAAAUGAACACAAAACGGCAGACAGCUGCAGGUGCCGGACGCCAAAGUGUGUCGCGUGUUUAGGACAAUUGUGGACUACCACCGACUUCUCUGGUUUGUGCUCUUGGUUUCUUUCAGUCAGAAUUCGAUUGUGUGAACAACAUGAAGAUGUCUCCCCCGGACCGAAGGAAAUACGUGCGUGAUUUGGCGCUGGAGAUCGCCGUGAGAGUGCUGCUCUUUGGAGUUUUUGUGUUCACAGAGUUCCUGGAGCCUUUUGAGAGAGUUAUCCAACCUGAAGAACUAUGGCUCUACAAGAACCCUCUGGUGGAAUCUGACCACAUCCCAAAGAGAGUCAUGUUUGCAAUUUCAUUCCUGACCCCGUUAGCUGUGAUAUUCGUGGUGAAGAUUAUACAGAGGACAGACAAGACAGAAAUUAAAGAGGCUUGUUUAGCGGUAUCUCUCGCACUAGCUUUGAAUGGCGUCUUCACAAAUACCAUCAAGUUGAUAGUUGGCAGGCCAAGGCCAGACUACUUCCACCGCUGUUUCCCUGAUGGCCAAAUGAAUGCCAAGAUGCUGUGUACUGGAGAGCCAGACCUGGUGUCUGAGGGCCGGAAGAGUUUUCCCAGCAGCCAUUCGUCCUUUGCUUUCUCUGGCUUGGGCUUUACCUCAUUUUACUUGGCGGGCAAGCUGCAGUGCUUCACAGAUGCCGGACGCGGGCGCAGCUGGCGUCUCUGUGCCAUGGUCCUGCCCCUCUACAGUGCCAUGAUGAUCGCCCUGUCCCGCACCUGCGACUACAAGCAUCACUGGCAAGAUGCAUUUGUUGGGGGAGUGAUCGGCCUCUUCUUUGCCUACGUCUGUUAUCGGCAGCACUACCCUCCCUUCCUCCACAUAGACUGCCACCUGCCCUACGCUAGUCUGGCUGCAGCGACCGCCCACAACAUGCCAGCCUCCCAGGAUCAACCUCUGCCCACUGAUAAUGCCACCAGCCUGCCUCUGGAGGGCAUGACCGAGGGACCAGUAUGACUAAUAGAGUCACAAUCCUCUGACCCCCUACCACACCAACGUGGUAUGAACCACACUUGACUGACACUUGCACAUUCCAAUGAACUGGACCAUCCCAUUUCAUUUAUUUCUUCUUCUUCCUCCUCCUCCAGUCAUUAAGCAGAGUUACAGCUGCUGUUCUCAGAUCUGUUAUGCUUAAUUUAAUUACUGAAUAUUAGUAUUGGCAAGUUGGAACCUGGUGCAAGAAUCUCUCUCUAACAAAAGUACCAUGUAAAGUCUCCAAGUACCAUGGCAAGGUAUAAAGAGUACCAUGAUACACAGAAUUGGUAAUCAUUCAGUGCCAUUAUAUAUAUUGGGUCUUGUAUAGCCAACUGAGACUUUUUUUUUUUUUUGUAAGGGCUGCCUAUGAUCCAAAUAGCAAAUCGGUGCUCUGAGAGAUGAAAUUCUUAUUCUAAAAGGUUUCAUUCAUAAAUCUGUAAUCUCGGAUUGAAAUCCCAUCUCAUCAAUUCAUUAUUUGCACUGGUUUUCUUCAUCUUGUUUUGUGUUUAUUCAGUAGCAGGUGUACAUGCAUGUUAACAUUUUUUCCACGUGUAUCAUAUUAGAAUGGAAGGACAGACUCAGUAGUAAAAAUACCAAGGCAUUACAUCAAAUGAUCAAACCAUGGAUUUUGGACACUGAAUUAUAAGUAUAUAUCAUGGUGUAAGAAGUGUCCAAAUUGCCAUCUUAUUCCUAUUUAAUGUCAUUGUACAUCGUUGUACUAUGGUAUUGCCACAGUACUUUUUUGUAAGGUUGUAGGACAAGAUAUAGGAUGAUAAAGUUACCUACGACAUCCCAAAUAAGGUGUGCGGCAUAUAGUCAGGAGCAUGAUUUGGUUUUUUAAAACAAUGGAAUGAAAAAAAAGUUAAAUGAUCGGUCUAAUGUCUGUAUUAUAGGGUACAUAAUAUAUUCCCUCUCCCAAAGAUCCAUCUUAAUGAUCCAUCUUUUGAUCGAAUGAGCCACAUUGCAGUUAUUACUUUGUUAAAUUAUUUAUUAGAAAAAGGAUAGCUUUGAUUCCAAACUCUGUAUUUUUUUUAUAAUAUACUGAAAAUAAUGUUUGUUCACCAAUUGUAUUGUUGCUGAAGUGUAGCAUCAAGCUCACAGCUGACUGGGCCGUCUUUGAGAUGACGUGCAGUUUCGACACUUCCAGUGUAGACAGGCUCGAAAUCGUUGAAUCAAGCUGUGACCGGCUGUGACACGUCAUCAGCUACUUCAAAGGUAGAUACGGCACUCAUGGCUUAAUACAAUAAUAUACCCAUAAUGCAUCUUUACUGACUUCAGAAAAACUUUAUCUCUGCUAAUCUGUUGUAUUUUUAUUCACCUUAUGUUUUAAAACUGGUUAUUUAUUGAAUGUCUUUGUGGACUGGUUGUUAAUGGCAACUUGCCGAUAAAUAUUGACCUGCUGCACUUCCAGAGAUCAUUGGCCCAUGACAUUGACAGUCUCCGCCACAGACACUCCCUCUCACUGCAUUUCUUCUUUUGCUCACUUUAUGUGACGCUUUAUUUUUCCUCCUCUAUAGCUUAAAGGUUUAUUCAUUUUAUGUCCUUCAACCCACGCUGUUUUAAAAUGCUUCCUUUUCAUCUUUAAAUUCACUUUUAACUGGCAUACUGCUAAUACAGUUUUUGAAAACAUUGCCAUGCUAAUACCAUGGUAAUUUUUUUAAGUACCCGGUAAUAUGGUAUAUGAAUAUUGUAAUCAUAGAAUACCAUGGUAUUAGCACCUGAUUACUGUACCAUGGUUUUGCCACUGUGAAUAUUAGCAAAGUACUUCUCCAGCUUUUGUCUUAUGUUCUCCUUGUUUUGUUUUUUCAAUCCAGUCAAACUAUUCCACCGUUUGAUCUCUACCUGUUCCAUUAUCUGCUCCUUUUUGUUUGUUUGUUUUAUCAUCUUUAUCCAUCCAUUCUCCAAACUGCUUAUCCUCUGUAGGGAUGCUGGAAUCUAUUCCAGCGCCUCAGGUGGGGAUUGGAAACACCCUGGACAGAUGGCCAGUCCAUCACACACACAUACACACACACGCACGCACACACAUACGUAUGCACUCACAAUCACACCUACAGACAUUUUAACAUCUCCUAUUCAUCUAUGCUGCAUGUCUUUGGAUUGUGGGGGAAACCAAAGCACCCGCAGGAAAUCCAAGCAGACCCAAGGACAACAUUAUUAUCAUUAUCUUCAUUUUUAUAUUUUCGCUCACUCAUAUAUUUUCCCUCAUUCAGAUUUUCAUAAGCUGACAUUUAAUAUCCUUGGUAUGAUUAGAAACUUGAUUACAAGGAGGUAAUGUGAGAACAUGGUGGGAAAAUUAAGCACUUCUGUAAUCACAGCAAUCUACCAAAUCUGUAAGCUCACAGUAUAAUUGUUCCUAUAGUUCAUUAAUUCAUCAUGACCACCAGUAUUAUUGGAUUAUAAGUCUGAUCUUACCUUACCCAUUUUAAGGAAUAGUUCAACCAAAAAUUAACAUUCUGUCAUUAUCUCAUCCUAACCCAACAACAAAAGGAUUAUUUUGAGGAUUCUAUGUUAUUUUCCAUUCAUCCACACUUCAUAGUUAAUACAGCAUCCUGUCGCCAAAAAGGAUAAGCACAAAUUAUAUUUUUUGGUCUUUUGCUUGAAUGAAUCUUCCCCUUUUGAAGUCCACGGUCCGGACAAAAUGAAAGCAUACAAGUUUUAAAAAACAGAUAUAAGGGUGCGUAAAUAAUCACAGAAUUUGAACUAUUCCUUUAAUAAUGAAAAAAGUCAAUAAAAAUGAACCAUUUAAAGGAGUAGGCUACUUCAAAAUGGGCUUUCAAUAAAACUUGGCUGCUUAUGGAGUAGAAAGGUGGAAAAAAUUGAAAUUGGUGCUAUAUCUGACUCGAGAAAACAGAGAAAAAGGCUGCUGUCUUCCCUUUUGAAAAAAUAGAUAGGAAAACUUCAAUACCCAUAAUGCACUGGGCAUGUUGCCAUCCAAGGCCACUCCAACCAAUCUGGUAUGGAUAUGCUUACCAGAGUCAAAUACCACCUUGUUUUAGUAGGAAAUACUUCUUAGCAAACUUUUAGUUAUAAUGUAGUUGAUUCGUAUUGUUCCCGGGUGGAAGACUACAAAGAGUAAACGUUUAGCGGGAGUGAGUUACUUUGGGUUUCAGUCAAAGAUCCAGUGCGUUGUAAGCAGCGACUAAAGUUGACAAAGAAUCGUAAAUAUGGAAAGAACACUGCGACGAAAAAUCUGAAAAACCUCUGUGUUUGUAAUCAAUAUUUUCAAUCUGAUGAUCACAAACACAAUGUUUUAGGCUACACGGAGGGGAAAAAACUGAAAGAAACUGCCGUUUUGUCAGUUCCACCCGAAGCAAAAUGCCAUCGCGUACAGGUAAGAAAGUUGUUGCCGUAGUGUAGACAUAGUACGAUACAAUUUUCAGUGAUAAACUGUUUUCUUAAUAACCCUCUGUUGAUCCGACUGUCCAAGGGCAGGGAUACAAAAAUGCCGAAGUAUAAUCUGUAGUUUUCACAAAAGCCCUGGAGCUGUCAAAAGUCUGCCGAGUGAUGCGUUUUGCUGAAUAAACGUGAAAUAAACAUAAAUUUCUCGGUCCAGGUAACAGAGAGAAUGAGUAAACAUUGUUCAUUUACAUAAACUUCUGACAUUGUAACAAUACAAAGCAGUUUGAAAAUCAUGAAGUUACACUUUAAUGCAUACCAAUUGUCUAAAUGGAUUCAAUAUUACUAAAUAGACAUAUUGCAAACAUUGAAUUAGGCUUUGUUGCAAUGUUGCUAAAAUUGCUUUAAAAGUUCCUGCAUCUAGCAUUGCUGUGUUUAAUGAGGAACUAAUAAAAAUUACCAAACUGGAGUGUUCACCGCAGUAUAAAAUUAUACUCUUCAGCCAUGGACAGGUCUUUUCCUCUUUUUUUUGGAGCACUCUGUCUCAUCUGCCAUCCCCUGAUAUCAUUGGCUGUUUGUGCUGUAUGUACAACAUGCUGUGCACAUUUCUCUAUGUAUUUAAUAUCUGGAGGACCUACCACAUUUGCCAAAAUAUGCAAUAUCCAUUCAGAGCACACUGUGUGGGAUACAUUAUCCCAUAAUGCGAUGCAAACCAAUUGACCUUCUGUUUCCGAGUUACGAGUAAACUCAAAGUGAUAUAAACAAUGUUAGAAUCUCAUUCUUGAGAGAUUAGAUCACAAAAAUUGGAUUACAAAUUAAGAUGACUGAACAACUCUUGCUGAAUUAAACAUGCAGUGAGUUCAUGUGACAACAAUACAGAGUAUUACAGUUUGAAGUGUUUAAUACGGUAUACUAUUUCUCUAUAACUUAGUAGGCAACAUAUAUUAUAUACUGUGUGUGCAGUAAUGUAGUACACAGAACACCAUUAUUUCUUUCACGUAACUACUGAGUCAAGAAACCCUCGCACAGCUGUUCUAUCCAACACAAACUGAAUCUGUUUAUAUGAAGCAGACUCUGCCCACGCAUCUUAAUUCCCUUAACAUAUGUCGCAGAAAUGAUUCUCAGCUUAUGUCAAAAGUGUUUCAUUAAUUUUAAUGAAACACUUUUGAACACCUUUUCAUUAACUUUGAUGAAGAUGGAAAUGAUCUCUUUAAUAUAGAUGACCUCAUAUAGUCGUGUAAUGGUAGCAGAGGACAAAAUAAGGCUUGUGAAGUUUGUGAAAACAAUCUAUUUUGUGUUUCAGUAGCAAGGUCAGCAUGUUUAAUAUCUUGCCAGUGUUUUUCCCCUGGAAAAGAUGACGAUUGAUUAGUUUAAGUAUGUUUCAUACACCUUCUUGCUGGAUUUAUUUUUGGAAGUGGAAAACAAAAGCAUCACCCAAAGGACGUUUCCCUGAGGGUUUGGCAACACAAAUAGCAAUGCAAACUUUUUCCCUGGUUGGCAUACCUGAUUUUCAUAUUUUAGAGAACAGUUGUUGUAUCUUUAUGUUCCAGUUCUGAAUGUAAUAAAAAUAGCAUUGAAAAACAACAGUAGUCUAGAGCAGUGGUUCCCAAAGUGGGGGUCGCGAGACAUCGAGGGAGGGGUCGCGAGAUGAUUUCCAGAAAUAAAAAAAAUAAAUAAAAAAAUUUAAUGAUUAGAAAUAGCAUAUUUUAUGAAUAAUUGUAACAAAAUACUAAAAAUAGUAGUUAAAUUAAAAACAAAAAUCAUGCAAAUAAAAAAAGCCAUCAACCUUUCGAUUUUCCUUCCCCUCGACCGUGACUCCUGAGGUGAUUACGACAGAUUAACGACAUAUUGGCAACAGCAUCAGUUGCAGCAGGUCAAUUUACAUCACCAUGUUAAACAUUCAGACAUGUGCACGUAGGUAAUUCUUUAGGCUUUAAGCUUUGGAUAUUAUUUUUUGUCGAAAUGAAACGUUGGUUAAUAUCGACCAACACAGGGAGGCCAGCGGAGGAGAGCGGAGAAGCACCACCGUCAUGCCUCUGCAGUACAUAUGCAGCAUCCAUGGCUGUUUAUCACAAACACAACAUUUACUUAUUUUUAUUUCAAAUCCAAAAGUUGUUACUGAACAUGGCGUUUCAGCAUUGCGAUUCUCUUUGUAUAGCUACACUAUAUUUCAUAGUCACGUUUAAACGCACUACAUUUAAACGUUUUAUUCAAUUCAUUACUUUAUAUUUAUAUAAAGUAAUACUUUUGAUUUGUAUAUUGAUUUAUAUAUUUUAUAUACUUUCUAUACUACACGCAAGUGGCAAAACAUUUAAACGUAAGCUUUAUGUUAAAUUCACAAACAUUUUCAAUUAAAACUUAAAAUAGACAAAAACAGGCGACUCUCGUCUUUUCUUUCCUUUUAAAUCUUUUUGCAAGAAAUCCCUCAAGUCAUAAAGAACUUUGUUUUUCCACCUUCAAGACGAGACGAGUGCUAUCUUUAUGUCUCCUUGUUCACCUAAAUGCCAGGUAAGGUGCCAUUUUCCUUGCUUUACCCGAGGCAAAAAAGCCAUGUGUUGAUUGUGUAACAGAGACUUUAAAUUAUAUGCAUCUAUGGUGAAAUUACUAGUUUUUCGCGUCAAUACAUGUUUAUUUUAAUGCGAACAGUGCGUUAUCGUUUUAAUUCAACGCGGUGCAGCGCAGCAAAAAUAGACUGUGCGUAAAUGAUCGCUGCACUGCUGCAGACGCACCGCUCCUGGAACGCACAUCCGCGUGCAGUGUGAACGCUCUAAUCCGUUAAUAUGGGCACAGAAAAAAAUACGCACCGCACGCGCACUGCAAACAGAGUAUGUGUGAAACAGGCGUUAGUGCGUGUGCGUCAUUGCGCACAACGUUUGUAUACUUUAACCACCUCCGAGGAUAGUGGGGGUCGCGAGACACUGGCAUGGUUAUUUUGGGGGUCGUGGGCUGAAAAGUUUGGGAACCCCUGGUCUAGAGAUGCUAAAUGCAAAUAAAGUUACAUAUUAUAAAAAAUGUUUAAAAAUAAUUUUAUUUAGCAUUGAUACUUCAUGUUUUUGUUGCACUGCCAUCACACAGAAAUGAUCAUUUGUGCUUAAUUUUCAUACAAAGAAUGUCACAUUACUUGUAUCACCAUCUGUAUUUUAUCACGACUAUACAUAAUACAUUUUCUAUUUGCAUAAUAAAAUCUUUUUUUUUUUUUUUUUUUUUUUUGAAAUGUGACCUAGACAUGGUCUUGUGAGAUACACCCAGGCUAGAACGAAAAGCGCAAAAUAACUUUAAUAGAAAAAUGGCCAUGAUCAAAUAAGUAUUAGAAAAAGCUUUCUAAGUAAUACUGACUUAAUUAUCUUACAAUUUGAGCUUCAAAUGGAUUGUUUUAGAUCAGUGUUACUCAUCUUUUUUUAUUCUCCUAGGACGUACAUCAUCUAUACAAUUACAGCUAGGUUAUUAGAGAAUAUAUGUACAAAUUAAAACAUGUACAGUGUUACAGUACAACAAGAAACCCCUUCUGAUUUAAUAUAUAAAUGGGAGAUUCUUGCAUUUAGUGCUUUGGAAUGUAUCUAUCAUAUUAUAUAAUGUUUUCCUUGGUUUUCUUUUGGGAUCUGUAACCCAUAAAAAAAGAGAAUGUUUCAGAAGUAACAAAUUUGAGUCAUGUACAUAAUGUGAUGUGUUGUGCAAAGAUCUUUUUAUAUGUAUUUGCAGAUUUUCAAAAUACAUACGUUUAUGCAGACAUCAGGAUAUUCUAGUUUCUACGGCAAGUCCUUCUUUUAUACCCAACAAAUGUUUCAUAGUUGUCUUUUAGACAGAGGAAAUUAAGUCUCUAAUAUUCCACUGUCAUUGAACACGGCAUGCCAAUUCCAUUUGUGACAAACCAUUUUAUAUGGAGAAGCAUGCCUGGCCUCAAAAGCACUUUGAAUUGUAUUUUGAUGAUUAUACUUACAUGUGCAAAUUAUUGUAAUCAAACAAAGAAGUGAAUAAAGAGAAGAAAAUGUG